GGAGCGCGCUGCACGGUGGCAGGAUCACUGUGCUGGCAUCCGCACACAGGGAUGAAUUAAAUGCACACACGCCUCCUGGGAAGCACCAUGGCUGGGUUCUACGGGUGCCUGAAAAGCAAAAAUGACUAUAUAAUGGCUACAAGACCCACAGAGGUCACACAGUCACCUGAAACUGGAGACACAGUCGAAGAGUGCACAGGAAAGAAGAAAUCCAAAUUUCAGACUUUCAAGAACUUCUUUGCCAAGAAGAAGAGGAAAGAACCUCCACCUCCCAGGGGAGAGAGUAAUUUAAAACCUUGCCAGUCCAGCAGCGAUGUCAGCAUCGCUGUGCUCGACACUGCUGCACUUCAUUCACCGAGGGAGGCUGGGCCCAAGGGUAGCAUGGGAAACAAAGCCUUGUCCCAUGACAGUGUCUUCAUUUUUGAGUCUGCACCAGGAAAUGUGACAGGUGAUGUCUUGUCUCAGGAAAACAUACCUGGAAGAGUGAAAACCUUGCAGCUUCAGCUGCAGCAGAACGUCAGACUUGGAUCACCUCCUCUUGUUAUAACUGGGAAAAAAAUGGAAGAUGCAGGUGCUGUUUCUGAAGAUGAUGGUUUACCUAGAAGCCCUCCUGAAAUUUCAACCCUUCAUGAAGUUCUGACAGAUUCGCCAAACAAGUCCUCCAACCCUAUUCAGCGUCAUAGCUCUUUGAGUUUAGGCGGGACAGACAGUGAAGAUGAACAGAUACCUUCUGGAGCUUCCUCCAGGCCCAUCAGUCCUUUAUCCUCUGCCAUUCGGGGGACCCCCAUCUCAAGAGGCAACAGCUUCCUUCCUGUUGAUUUUACCAUCCCUGCCAGUCCCCUUGGAUGCCUGGACACCUCAGCAGCCAGGCACAGGAUUGCCAUCAACCCUCGGAAACAGAAAGCCUUUACCAGCAAGCAUCAGCUGUCUUUCCAGGUGGAACAGCUGGAAAAUGAAGCAUGUCUUCCUGCAACUCCAGAAAGGAAGGGAAAUUCAACAGAAUUACUUGAGAGUGAUAAACAUAAAAGCAAUUGGGAAGGAUUACCAGCCCAGGUGGGACCCUGUGCAAAGAGAGGCGGUUUUACGGAGACACCAGGUGUAAAAACCCCCACUGGUGCUGCCCCUGACUCUUGUAAUUCCACAUUUGUGGUAGAAGACACCUGUGCUUUGCUGCAAGAAGACGGGUGCCUUGCUGGCGUGGAACAUCACUAUAAAGGAGCCACACUCCUUCUGAGGCCUGAGCCUUCUCCAGUAAACCUGGAAGAACACCACAGCACAAAAGUGUUGUACCCUGCAGAUGAGUCUGCUAAUGAACCGAAAUUACAUCCACAAAGUACCAGUGCUGAAGUACCUGCACUUCCAGAAUUGCAACAACUUGAAGGAGAAGCUGGUGUGUCUCCAGACCUACCAGCAGCUGACUUGUUUAGCAGUGGUGUGGGAACAGUGGACAUGGACAUACUGCCAGAUGCUGCACAAAAUUCCGCAGUAAAUUCUGCGGAUCCAAACAUUAAAGUCCAGGAAAAAGGGGAUAUGCUGCUUACUGGCGAAGAAGAACUCUGCUUUGGUACUACUGGGAAUCAUUCCAACCAUGCUGUCUCAGGUACUGCACUGAGCACUCCACAAAUUGCAGUAGCUGACUCAGAGUCUUGUUCUGACAUCAAGACAGUGGCUGUUUUGAGGUCUGAAAAGAGUUCAGUAGCAAAAAAUGACAAAGAAACUUGCGAAAUUAUGGAAUUCCAUUUAUCCAAGGACAGUGAAGAAAAAAAAAUAGACGCUGCUGUGUCUGUCUCAGAAGCAGUUUGUGUGGGACCUUGCAGUAAAUUGGAAGUAUGUUUUAAAGCAGAAAUUCCUGUUUCAAAGGGUAACCAAGGCAGUCAACAGGCCAAUGCGUCAUGCAUUUCUGAAAAACCUUCCAUUGGGUGUCUUGCCUCUUCAAGUUUGGCUGGCUUGAAGAGUAAUAUAUCUUCUGAUGCUGAUAGUAAGGAGCACCAGAUAAGCAGUACAGCUUCUCACAGAAAAACAGCAGAAGGCAAUCAGUCAUCAGAUGAAAAUGUAAAAAGUCCGCUGAAGACUGCUUCUGCUAAGCCAGUCAGAUUUACCAUUGCACCAGCAUGGCAAAGAUCUCUCUCAGGGGGUUCAAAUUCAAAAGAAGAUUCCUAUUCCAGAAGUUCUCCAACAUCCCCUAUAAGACCAGAGUUCUUUGAAGGAAUGACAAAAGAACACACACGUUUUGAUGCAGUUACGCAGGAAUCAGCAAAAACCAACUCAGAUAGGUUUGCUCAAGAUUGUAAGGACAGAGAUCUGCAUUUGAAUUCUUUUAUGGAGUGGGCUGACCAUGAAACACAAAAUUUUGAGAACCCAUUUGGGGUGAGACUAAGAAGAACAUCAUCUUUACUAAAGUACCAGAAUGAAAGCCAUGUAGAGCCUCCAAAGCUGAUCCCCUCAGCUGUUCCAAUUGCUUCUUCUGCUUCAGUCAAGGAGGAUCAGAAAUUGAUGGGCACUGGGAAACCACCUCCAAGCCUUCCUGUUAACACAAAGUCAGUUGUUAAAAAACCAGAUCUCCUAGAAGACAAAAAUCCUGGCAAGGCAAGAUCGGAAGAAGUGGCAAAGAAGCAAAAUAGUUAUAAACCUUCAGAAAAAGUCUCUCCAUAUUUGGAAACUGUGUCCUCUGAACCAGCUUGGAUCUCCGUGGCAAAGCUAAAACAAAAGGGUUUCCAGGAUCAUCCUCUUGCCAGAGAACAUAAAGAUGAAGACAAAGCUUUGACCAAAGUGGAUCAAGGGGAGCAAGGGAUCUGUGCUAGUGAGAACACACUGAAGAAGGAUAUGCCUUCCAGCUCUCAGGACAAGAGAACACAAAUGAAGACGGUUGUGUCUGCAGCAGCAGGUAAAGUUCGACCAAUUUCUCAGGAAGCAUCUGUGGUUCCUGCUGUUGAAAAGGAAGCAAGGCACUCCUCUAACCUGCCAGUGACACCCUGCAGUCCUGUUGAACCGCCCUGGCUGUCCCUGGCCAAGAAGAAAGCCAAAGCAUGGAGUGAAAUGCCCCAGAUCGUACAAUAGCACAUGACACGAGCAUCCUUCUUCGCAUUGCCAAUAGCUGUGUUAACUCCAUUUAAUCCCUUCUUUAC